UGUCAGGAAGAUGAUGUUAGGAGGCUUCAUGGGGUAGUCUGGCGGCAUGAUGAUCCUACCAUGGUACACACCGCCAUCAAACUCCGAGUCAGCCGGGCCCCUGACAGUGAAGUGCCACUCAAACAGAUUGUCCUCGAGGGGCUGGGCAUAGUACUCCUCGGUGGCCUCACGCAGUUCCUUAGCCUCCCGGAACAGCCUCUUCACAGCUGUCAGGAAGAUAUUACAGGACUAUUGAGGUGGAAGAUGUUGGCGACUCUGUGCGUGUUGGUGGUGGUUGCGGCGGCGGCGACAGGUGUGGAGGUGCGGGAGACGGCGGGGCCUCAGUUAUGGCGGGUCGCAGCCUCGUCACACCACAGGGAACUUCGCUCCCUUGAGAAUGAGGGUCACCUGGAUAUUUGGGGGGGAAGCGGAAGUCACGCCCAGGUCAUGGUGGAGGAGGAGGCGAUGGAGAGGGUGGAAAGGGCGCUGAAGGAGGCCGGCUUGGAGCACAAUGUGGAGGUGGAGGAUGUCUUGGGUAUGGUGGAGGAGAAGACCGCACACCUAAGGAGGAAGAGAAGUGUGAGUAGGCAGAUGGACUGGACAAGCUACCACGACUUCAACGACAUCGAGGCCUUCAUAGCAACCCUGAACCAAACCAGCGCGGGAUUCUUACGGCAGGAGAUAGCGGCCUACACUGAGGAAGGACGCCCCGUGAUAGCGGUGAGAGUAACAGAUCCAACAGCCACAGGAAACAAGAAGAGGAUCUGGAUUGAAGGAGGUAUACACGCCAGGGAGUGGAUCUCACCCGCCGUCACCACCUUUAUAAUGUACCAGCUCGCCACCAACCCCAACUGGCAGCCGCUCCUCAAACUCACUGAGUGGUACCUCGUCCCCGUGGCCAACCCCGACGGCUACCAGUUCUCCUUCAGCGGCGACACGAGGUCCAGGUUAUGGCGCAAGAACAGACGCUCCAACGACGGUCGCUGCAAGGGAGUCGAUCUAAAUCGUAACUGGGACCUGAAGUGGGGCGUCGGGGCGUCCGGGAACCCCUGCAGCGAGACCUACAAGGGGCCGAGUGCCUUCAGCGAGCGUGAGACACUAGGGCUGCAGAGCUUGAUGCGGCAAAUCGGUGACAUCGACCUCUUCAUCACCUUCCACAGCUUCGGCCAGACCGUCUUGUACCCCUGGGGCUGGACUGUCAAGCCGCCAGCGAACGUCAGGAUGCUCAAGAGAGUCGCUAAGAAGUUCGGAGACACGGUGAAGCAAAUGUCCAAAGGCGAAACGAAUUAUCAAAUCGGUGGGUCGGGUCCCCUCUACGGCCUUGCCUCGGGUGCCACGGAUGACUGGGCUUACGGGGAGCUCGCUGUCCCGUUUUCUUACACCAUCGAACUUCCGGACCAAGGCGACCACGGGUUCUUGCUGCCGGAGAGCCGAAUCAGCGACACGGUGAGGGAGGCGGCGGCCGGUGUGUACUGCAUGGCCAGCUACAUCUCUAACUACGGAGAGUGUGCCGCCCGCCGUGCUAGGAACCCGGACUUGGGGUUUCAAAGACAGUCCCCAAGGUUCCGGGACUUCAGGGGGUGAACAAUUGCCACGGCACCACGUCCAGCUUAGUGUCGCCUUGCCAGUCAGCGGCGGCCUCUAGUGGAUGGUCGUCGCGGCUGCCUGUCGGUUCUCUGCUAUCUACCCUCUGUAGUUACUUAAUCUUUCGGCCACUCUAAGCACUCGUCAGCUCAGGCCACGUAUGUACACAAACGUAGAUCUGCGUAGUGUGUGCAUGGCAGCCUGCGUGCGUGUGUGUAUGUAUUUAGUCCGUCUACUUCCUGGUUCCUGGGUUCUGUAACGCCGUCUAGGGAAGUAGAGUGAGCAGUCGCCUCUCUGUAUUUCAAGACGCAAUUCCUCCGCCCCAGAGGUAGCAUCGACGCCCCUUGAGUGUGUUCAAUUAUCACUUUCUUUGAUAUGGAAGUUACAUCGUCCCUCCACCACCGCCACCUCCAGGGGAAUCAUUCACAGCAGUUCCAAGUUAAGCCUACAACCACUGGUGCCGAUAGUACAAUAAUUAUAUAAUGACAAUAAGAAUAGCCACCAUCACCACAAUCUUCCUUCUCAACAGAUUUCAUUCCUUAUACGAGAAGACACCGAUCCUUAUAGUACAACAACAGCAGCAAUAGCAACAACAACAACAACAACACAGCCACACCCCCAUUACGUCCACUACAUAACAGCUGCUACUACUACUACUACUAUUACACGAUUUCUUACACCAACAUCCUGGCAUUAAAAUCAAACUAAGUUGAAUGCUAAACUUUGUCCGUGGAAUGGAAGCAAAAGUACAAUAUCAUUUUUUGGUGGUGAAUUUUGUUGUCAUCGUCCGCCUUCAUAGUUUUUUUUUUUUUUAGUAGUAGUAAUGAGACCAAUUGUGACAGCUUUUAUUUAUUUAUUUUCAGUGUCACCCUUAAAUCAGUCACGUUUGAUAUUUAUCAUUAAUUAUUUCGUUACAGUUAUUUCAUAUGACAGACUGUUUGCUUUUGUUUGUUUUUAUUCUCGUUGUUUUCUUCGUCGUGUUGUAGUUUGCUUUAUUUAUUGUAUUAUUUUAUUUUUUUCGUUAAUAAAUCAAAAGCUCUCCUACUUACAUCCCCAUUUCAUUAUUUUCUUUGAUCAGUGUUGUGCAAAGACAACUAACUGCCAGUCAUUCCAUCCCAUGGGUGCAGGGAAGUCUUCGGGGCUUUAGCAGAAGGCUGUAUAUGGCUGGAUUUUCUAUCCGAUUUCUGUUUCCCAUCUUCCAUUAAUUUUCUUCUCUAAGUUCUUUUUUUUCCUUAUCUUUCUUUUCUUUCUUUCCAUCUUCUCUCUUUUUUCUCCUUUUUCUUCUUCUUCUUCUUCUUCUUCUUCUUCUUCUUCUCGCAGCGGUUCAUGAAGUAGCAUAGCAGAUGGCGAGCAAGGGGAUCAUAUGGCAACUAUUACUACUGCAUCAUCCUGCUAUGGACUUGGUUAUUCGCCUUCUACCUCAAGUAACUGUCCUCAUGAAUAAAGAGCAUUGAUUU